CCCGACCACUCCAAUAUGGACGGGCUUUCUGGAGUCGCCAGCGGCAUGGCCGUCAUCUCGUUAGCUAUACAGCUCAUCCAGACCGUGGACAAGAUCAGGACUCUUGCUCGACACGUAGCAGGAGCCUCCCAAGAGCUGGAGCGGCUACUCAGCCUUCUCGAUCGACUGCGCGCGCUUCUCGACGACGUUCGCCAGAUCACAGAAUCACAAAGUUCGCGGUCCAGAUUUCUCGUUCCGCCGCCUACUUCAACGAUUUUCCACAGCCUCAAAGCCUGUGAAACCUGUCUUCAGCCUUUACGAGAAAUAGUUGAGAAGCAUGAGCAGCAAAACGGCCGGUCAAAGCGGGCGAAGCUUUACGGCGAUAUCAAGUUUGCGCUGAAAGCGAAAGACAUAGCUGGCUAUGAGAAUCGCAUCCAGCACGAAGUAGUCAGCCUCAUUGCAGCUUUAGCAAUCAAUAGCACGAACAUCCAGUUGCAUAGUAUCCCCCUUCUCGUCAGCGAUCAGCAAGCGACUACGAUAACGGCUUCUCAGCCCUCGUGCGGGUCGGCCCUCGAGUACGGAAUGUACGAUCCAAAACUAAAAUCGGACAUGGUUCUGCACACAAAAGCGUCACGACCGACCAUUGUACUACGAACAACGCUAUCGCAAUCCAGCCUAGAAUGGCUUGGGAUCCGCUAUAAGAAGAUUGUGAGCAGAUUGCCUAGCGCAGAACGAGGACAGGUCAAAGAGGAUCGUUUUGGAGACAUCGUCUCUGAGGAAGACAUGUACACGUGGACGAUAAGACUCCUUGGAUACGAGAUUUGCUGGGCGCGGCGACGACCAUAUGGAAGCGUUCUACCAUCGCUCAGUGUGUAUCCCGUCGUAGACUGGUUUGAUCUGUCUAUGAUGGCUCUGUUCGGAUGCGGGAGUAUCAGCGAUCUUCAACAAGCUUUCCAUACAGGUGCCUUGCAUCCUUUCAUGCGGAGUCGAGACGGUGAAACAUUACUGCACAUUGCUGCCCGGUAUCAUCGGGUGGAUUUUUGCCGUUUAUUAACGGGAAUGGGUGUUAAAACGGAGCUCGACCGCUGGGGUGGCAGCCCUCUCAGACGGGCCUUAGAAGGCCCUUGUAGUGAGGGUGUCAACGCUACCGUUGCUACCAUGGACACCGUCCGGUUUCUAUCUGGGGAUGCCAUGCGCUUCGACAACCUCCUCUGCGGGAGUGGUACCUGGAAAUACUGGCUCCUACACGUGGAUGAGAACCCGUGCUUAAUUCGGUGGCUUUGGACACAAAGCCGAGAGCUCUUCUGCGGCUUGGAUGAGCGCAUAGUAAAGGCAACGUGUAUCUACCGGGUGUUGUGUAAUUUAAUUACCCGGCCGCGGGAUGAUUUCGAUACAGACUGGGCUUUGGACUUCUUGAAGAUAUCUAUGACUCUCGAAACCUUGCGUGGCCCUGAAGUUGGAGCGCAACUAGUACUGACGUCCGCUGUAUAUGCGGACCCAUUGGAUUCAGCGAGAAGCUACGACGCUGGAAGCGCUUUGCUCGAUCUCCUCCGCAGGUUGGAUAUCGAUAUUGAAACAUUUUUCGACCUUGCGCUCGGCGCGAGUUCUUCCUAUCCCCGUCCUCGACACUUCUCCGAACGCAAGCUCGUCUUCGAGUAUAGAGAGCAGGGGGGCUGGAUCCUCGGUUGGGAAUGGGACUUCGAUCAGGAAGCCUCUGGCUUUCUAGUAGCUUCCGAGUUCCUCGCGCUUGGAGCUGAAAGUUUUUGGGCCUCGGAGUGGCCAUUCAAAUGGGACGACUAUUGGGAAGAACGUCAGCGUCUCUCUGAAGAGGAUAAGAAGAGGAUCCGUCCCAACCGAGAAGCUCGAUUCAAACGCCGCUUAGACGCCAAAGCCCGCAAGGAACUGAAACGCCAGCGAAAGCACCAACAAAGGACGAUACCAGGCAGCUGGAUUGACUGA